AUGCUUGGAGGUCUGAUGAAGAACUGCUUCAGUUAUAGCAAUUUGCAGAAAGAGGAGUCCAGCUCAGGCAUUUCAGGGGUGUGCUACAUGCUACCAAAUCCAACCAGGCCUUCUGCACAGCGGGCUUUGCCUGGCUGUCUGUUACUGACAACAGACCAGUGCCGGUAUAACCCUGCUGUAGGUUACACUCUGAAGCAUGGGAAGUACAGAAAGUUCUACGGAACCUUGUUUUCACAAAUCCUGGUGGAUCUCUACAACUUGCAGGCAAUAAUUAAAGGUGUGCACAUGAAGUACUGCAAGCAUCAUCUGAAGCACUACAUUGGAGAUGAGAUAGAGUGGUCAGGCACUAGAGUGACCUGCCCAGAAGAGGUGGUAGAGUCGCCGUUCCUGGCAGUGUUCAAGAGGCGUCUGGACAAAGAGAACACAACUAAUGCAGCCAAGGAGUUUUCAGAAGACAGCAGCUUUUUGCCAAAGGCUAGCAACAAGGUGCACCAGACCAUGCCAACAGAUGCCUCUCCUGACUCUAAGUGCCCCAUUUGCUUGGACAGAUUUGACAACGUUGCCUAUCUAGAUCGUUGCUUGCACAGAUUCUGUUUCCGUUGUGUCCAGGAAUGGUCAAAAAACAAAGCAGAAUGCCCACUCUGCAAACAGCCUUUCUUUUCUAUUUUUCAUACAGUUCGUGCUGAAGAUGAUUUUAAGGAAUACAUACUCAGACCUUCAGAAAAUGGUUCUUUUGCCAGCCCUGAUGGCCGGAGAUUUCGUUACCGUACCACCUUAACGAGGGAACGCCGCACUUCCUCUUACCAUCGAGGCAGUUCCUCUUCUCGAAGGACACUGUCCCCUCCAGAUAACGGGAUUUUGUUUGAAGGGUUGUCAAGCCAACCUGUGCAGCAGAGAGAUGGAGAGAUUCAGCAGAUGAUAAGAAGGCUAGCCUCACGUAGGCAGGCUAGUGCAGAGGGCAGAUCUCUGCGGCAGAUCCAGGAGGAGGACAUGAUAAACUUCCGCAGAGCCCUGUACCGCACUGGCGUGCGUGUUCGUAGCAUUCAGGACGGUGGCCGCUAUCGAGACAUUUCCGCAGUUUUCCGCCACAACCCUGCCUGCCUACACAGGUUGGUUCCCUGGCUGAAGCGAGAGCUUACAGUCCUGUUUGGUGCCCAUGGUUCUUUAGUUAAUAUUGUGCAACAUAUCAUCAUGAGUAAUGUGACCAGGUAUGAUCUGGAAAGCCAGGCUUUUGCUGAUGAUUUAAAGCCAUUCUUAUUGAAUCGGACUGAACACUUCCUACAUGAAUUCAUCAGUUUUGCCCGAUGUCCUUUUAACCUAGAGGCAUAUGAUCAGCAUGCCAAUUAUGACUGUCCCGCGCCAUCGUAUGAUGAAGGAAGCCGCUCAGACUCAUCAAUUAUUACAAUCUCUCCAGAUGAGGCAGAUCCUCAAGGGCCAGAACACAGUUCAUCCAUGUCUGGGGUUGGUCAGGCUCCCUGGGAUGAUGAAACUCCAGGGCCUUCGUAUUCUAUUUCAGAAGAGGUUCGUGCCACUGUAGCGUCUCCUCUAGAGAUGUCAGAAAGUUCUGAUGAGGAUUCUGCUAGGAAAGGAACCGCACUGCAUCCUCAGUUACAGGCUGGUAUUGACUCCAGUGAGAGUGACUCUUCAUCAGACAAUUGUGUUAUUGUUGGGUAUGUUAAACCAUUAGCUGAGAGGACACCAGAACUGGUUGAGCUGUCCUCAGACUCUGAGGAGUCUAUCAGGGAGGAGAAGAGGGAAGAUGUGAAGAAAGAGCAGUCAAUCCAGGGUCGCAGCUGGAGUGACAGUGAACCAAGCAGGGCUUCAUCACCUUGCUCCCCCCUGUGCAAGGAGAAUGCAAGUAGUUGUAGGAGCUCCUUGUCCUCUGCAGCUGAGAAGACAGAGUCAAAGGCUGAUGAGAAGAACAAAGAUAAAGAUCUUUCUCCACACCACUCAGUCUGGAGUCCAUUUCCAGAGGCAGACAGCAUUUCUUCUCACUAUAGAAAAAAUAAAAGUAAAGUAAAAAAUUUAUCUCCGCUGGAUUCAAUCAGGAGCCUGUCUCCAGAGACAGACACCAUUUGCUCUCCUUAUAGUAAGAACAAAGGUAAAGUAAAAGAUCUGUCUCCACUGGACUCAGACAGGAGCCUGUCUCCAGAAACGGACACUGUUUGUUCUCCUUACAGUCACCAAUUGUCCAGAAAGAGAAACACCAGAAGUCCUCAGACUUAUUCACAGAACUGUCGUGACAGUCAUGGACAUCGGUCUAGGAGGGAUCAUCCUAGCAAAUGCCAGUCUAAAAAGAAACGAUCAAGAAGCAGAGAUGGUAGUGAACAUAGGAGCAAAAGAAGCAGGAGGAGAUCAAGAACUUGUGACACGAGCCUCUCCCUAAAAAGCCAGAGGGGCUCCCUUAGUCGUGAGAGCACUACAUCCAGAGAGGUAAGCAGAUCACGAUCACGUAGCAAAGGCCAUGGCAAAAGGAGGUCAAGGAGCAGAGACAGUGAUUAUUACUACAGAAGAGACAAUUACCAAAGUAGAUACCAGUGGGGUUAUGCCUUUUAUAGUCGAAAGACAGUUGGAGAUGGCUCCUUCUGCAGGAGGAGGACUCAGUCUAAGGCUCACUAUUCAAGGCAAUCUGCUAGUCCAGAAUUCAGGAUACAAUCUUUUACUGAAAGAACAGACCCACAUAGCCAGAGGGGAUUACAUGAGAGACAUUACUACUAUUAUGAACGAUGCAGAUCAAGGAGUCGAUCAAGCACCAGGUCAAGGACCCCUUCUGGAGGGACAGACAGAUUGAAAAGUGAAAAGCCUGGUGGAAAGAGGAAGUACAAAACUCGACACUUGGAGAAUGCAGUGAAGGAGAGCACUAGUCUGGAGAGAGAAAAGGACCCCAAGAAAACUUUCUCAAAGUUUCAUGACUGCUGCAAAAAUGAAGACAGCCUUUCAGACAAUCGAGCAAGUAACGAGACAAAGCAUAAGAAAAAGAAGAAAAAGAUGAGAAGUCCAAGUGUGGAAAUAGUCUACGAAGGCAAAGUGACAGACACAAUGAAGCAUGCUAAGAAGAAAAAGAAGAAGCAUAAGAGGAAACAUCGAAAACAUCACAUGAGUAACUCAACACAUUCUUCUCCAGUGGUUAUUACAAUUGAUAGUGAUAGUAGCAAGGAGCCAGAAAGUACUGAAUGUGAUAGCAGUGUUACUUGGACUGGCACAACUCACUUGAAUGAGAGGGAAUGUGAGUCUCCAUCUUCUUUUCUGGGGAUUACAGGAUGUGAAGAUGUUUACAGAGUAAGUAAGGAAACUAGUGGAGAAGUGAAAAAAUACAGUAUUCCUACCAGAGGAAGGGACUUAGAUGGUGAUGUUAGAAAUGCUGGAGGUGAGCUUGUGGAAGAAACAGAAAAAGCUGAUCAAAGUCUUGACCUAGCUGAUACAGCAAGUGGUAACACGGAAACUGUAGUUAGUCACAGUCAGGAAGCACAAGCAGCACCUUCUGGUCAACUGUCGUCCCCUAGGACUUCCUUACUAGGACAUCCAGAGAGACCACCACUGAUACUAAGACUGCCAAAGAGACUUGUCAACAGAUCUUGUUGGUUUGAGUCCCUUGAAAAAAACAUGUAGCAUAUUUUAUGCUGAACAAUCCUUAAAAUUGUGAAUUUGUUUCUAAUUAUGUUUUUCUCCUAUAAGAACAAAGCAUCAGGUGUUUUUCUGUGUGUGCGUGUUUAAAAGUGUCUGGGAAAUGUUUAAACCCAUUGAACGUUUAUGCACUUUUGUGUCAAGUAAGAAUAGGAAUAUAGGAGCUUGAUGAUCUUUUAAGGUCUCUUUGGAAGCUUGAAUUUUGUAAAGCCAUCCUAUAUAUAAUAUACAUCCACAGAAUACUUCAAAGCUGUGUUUAAAAAAAAAAUCAUAAACCAAAAGACAGUGAAUACACUUUAUGGGGAUUGCUCUUGUUACAGGGGAAGGUUGCUUAGUUCAUAAAAAAUGAAUCAGGCUAAAUUGUACUAUCAUUUUGAUCUGUGUGGUUUAAGUUGAUCUCUGUGGAAAAGCAGUAAGCUAUUUCCACUUACAUACUGAGCAGCACUUCCAGUAACAUGAGUUAUGUGAAUAUCUUAAUAAAGCAAUAAGAGAUUUUGUUUAAAAAAAAAAAAAGAAAUGUAAAUCCAUUUGUGCUGAGAUGGGUACUCCAGGCUGGAAGAUUAUCAGCUUCCAACUCUCACUGAAAGCAGGAACACUUUUGAUCACAUUCUUCAGGAUCUGUCUAGUUUUGAAUGUUCAACAGCUUCUCUGUGCUACCUCUUCUGAUGUCAGACUACUCCCAUGGGAUUUUUUUUUCUCCAUGUAUCCUUCUCAUGUUUCUAUGUCUGCCAACUCACAUCCUGUUAUUGUGCAACACUGGCAGUUUCUCCCAAGCUCACUGCUUUCAGCCUGUCCCCAGCUUGCCCUCCUGGUCGUUGUGCUGUCUGUGUAUAUAAGGCGUGGGGCUGGGCAGGGUCAGGGUCUCUGGGUCUGAGCACAGCACGAGUUCUCUGUGCCAAUCCCAGAAACUGCUUUCCUGGCUGGCCUCCAAAUGUCCAUACAGCCACUCUCACAUCCCACCCUUGCCAGGACAGGGAAAAAAUAGGAUAGAAAAUGGACACAAGGUAGAAAUGGACACAAGGAGAUCACUUGUGAUUACUGUCAAACGAUUAAUUUAAUUAAUUUAAUUUAAUUUACUUUCAGUUAAAAUUAGAGUAGGAUGGUGAGAAACAAAAACAUAUAUUCAUUUUCUCCCCCUAUUCUCCCUUCCUAGGUGCAACUUCAUUCUUGAUGCUUUUGCUUCUUCCUGAGCAGUGCAAGUGGUGGUGGAGGGUGGUUGCAGUCAGUCUGUAAUGAUUUUUUGUCUCUGUUGUUGCUUCUUCCUCACUCUGUUUCUCUUCUCCCACAUGGAUCUUUCCCACAAGGCACAGUGCUUCAGGAACAGUCACAGAAUCACAGAACUGUAGAAGCUAGAAGGGAUCUCUGGAGAUCUACUCCAACCCCCUGUUAAAGAAGGUUCCCUACAGUAGGCCCACAUCCAGGUGGGCUUUGAAUAUCUCAAGAGAAGGAGACUCCACAACUCCUCUGGGCAGCCAAUGUCCAGCGAUCUGGCAGUUCCAGUGCUCUGUUGCCUUCCACAUAAAUAAGGUUUUCCUCAUUUGAGAUGGAACUUAAAAUGUUCCAAUUUGCACCCACUGCCCUUUGUUCUGUCACUAAGCAUCACUGAGAAGAGGCCUGGCCCAUACUCUUGGCUCCCACCCAUCUGGUAUUUAUAAGCACUGGUAAGAUCUCCCCCUCAUUCUUCUCCAGGCUGAACAGUCCCUGGUCUCAGCCUUUCCUCAUAAGGGUGGUGCUGCAGGCCUCUAACCAUCUUUGUAACCUGCUGGACUCUAGAAGUUCCCUGUCUUGAACUGGGGAGACUAGAAUUGGGCAUGAUAGUCCAUGUACCAUGCCCCAGGGCAGAGUGAAUAGGGAGGAUCAUCUCCCUCACUUUGCUGGCCAUUCUCUUUUAAUGCAUCCCAGGACACCACUGGCUGACUUGGCUUUAAGGGCAUAUUGCUGACUCAUGGCCAUCCAUUAGGCCCCCUAAAUCCCUAGAGCACCCUUCCAGCAGUAUAUCCCCUAACUUGUAGUGAUGCAUGAUUAUUCCUCCCCGGGUGUAGCAAUCUACACUUGCCCUUAUUGAACCUCAUAAAUCUCCACUUGCUCCCAUUCUCCAGCCUGACCAGGACUUGCUGAAUGGCAGCACAGCCUUCCGGUGUGUCAGCUUCAUAUCAUUAGAAAACUUGCUGAAGGUGCAUUCUAUUCCUUCAUCCAGGUCAUUGAUGAAGACACUGAACAACGCUGACUCCUGGGGAACACUGCUAGAUACAGGCCUUCAGCUAGAUUCAGUGCUACUAAUCACAACACACCAAGUUCUGCCAAUUAGCUAGAUCUCAAUCCAUCUUCCUGUCUACUCCUCUCUCCAGUGCUUCCUCAGCUUACUUACAAGAAUGACAUGGGAGACAAUGUCAAAAGCCAUGCUGAAGUCUGACAUGGGGCAGAUCCUUCAGCCCCCACUACUACCAGCUCCUCACUCCCAUGCACUUUGGUUUGGCAGAUGUGAAUCCCCUAUGCCAGAUGCUAAUUGAUUGUGUGCAAACAUGGUGAGGAGGGCACUGGCAGCAUGGAGAAUUACAGCUUGGUAUCUAAAUCCUGAAGAGAGUCAUUUUAUUAUGCUACUCAAAAUGUGUUGCAGAUCUCCAAUAUCUGCAAAGCACAGAGAUUUUAUUACCCUUCUGGAUUAAUAAGGUGAUACCACACCUUGGACUACAAAAGCUCCCUAGGCAGCAAGGUCUGCUGUUAUGCAUUUCAGCAAGGAGAACAUUGCUUUGUUGCUUUCCUGGAGAGUAUCUACUCACAGUUGGCCAUAUACAACGUGAGACUGGAAGUAUCUGAUUUCAAGGAACAUCACUGCCUCAAGGUACGCUGCCAGUAUAUCCUAAGCUUUUUCUAUGAUUUUAUCCUUUUGGUACCUGAGCCUGUUGCAAAAAAGAAAAUAAUAAUAAGGGCUGGAGCAUCUUUCCUGCUGUUUUGGUUUAACCCAGCAGGCAGUUAAGCACCACACAGCUGUUAUCCCAGUGGGACAAGGAAGAGAAUUGAGGGGAAAAAACAAACAACAAAGUAGAACUCAUAGGUAUAAAUAAAAGUAUUUUUACCAAGACACGAAGGGAAAAAAAAAAGGGAAUGAUAGUUAUACAUCCUGAACAAGGACUGAGCAUCACUGACAGUAAAAUGAAAAUCUUGAGGAAUGUCUGUAUGUCAAACAGGCCUCUUUGCUAGGCUACUUACAGCUGCAGUACAUCUAUCAUCGUUUGCCAGGCUGAGGAUGGGUCCUAAAUGUUUCAGAUUCUUAAAAGAGAGCACUCUUAGAAGCUCUUUGGGUAGAUGUUUAAUGUCUUGAAAUAACAGAGAGGUAUUUUCUUGAUGAAUGAACAUCUCAGAGACAAGUUUGAAGCAAACAGUCCAAAAAAUAAUUGUGUAUGUGGAAGAGAUCAUUCAAAGUGAUGUAAAGUAACAGUAACAUUUUAAUUUUUUGCACUGUAAGUUAUGUCAUGUGAUUAGUUUAUGUUUAAUAAUUCAUAUUCUAAUUAGUUUAUCUGAUUAUUUCAGAAAAUCUUAGUGGCUUUUGCCCAGUGGAAAAACACUGAACAAAUAUCUAGUCAUUAUCAUUAGAAUUCCUUGUUAUAUAUGUGAUUGUUAAGUCUCGUCCCUUACUCUUUCCUUUUCCCUUCUCCUUCCUUUUCCUUUCCUCUUCUUCUCAUUCCCCUUCUCUUUCUCUUUCCCUUCUCCUUUCCACUUCCCUUUCCCUUCCCUUUUCCUUUCCACUUCCUUUUCCCUCUUCCAAUCUGUAACUACUACACACCUAGAAGUAAAAUGCAAGCCUUCCUGAAAAUGACAUUUGGCGAAACAAAAACCAACCAAGGAUCUGAAAUUAUAUUAAGAGGUAUCUUCUAUGAAAAUAGCAUGCAAACAUUAUUCCAGUUGAUAGAGCAGUGCCAUGUUAAAGUAGUUCCUCUUAAUAUGUCCGGUAGAAAUGUGCCAUCCAUGAUAAUCACAUUAAUAUUAUGGUGCUUUCUCUGAAUACUCUGUAAUUCUGUGCUUUCUUUGCUUCAGGAUGAGAAGGGUUAGAAGGAGCACUACUUACUUCUGUGCACCUGAGCUACAUUCUGCUCAGACACAACCUCCAAACGGCUAAGAAUUCUGGAGCAAAUUGACCCAAAAGAGGGCAUAAGGGGGUGAUAAGUAUUUUAAGUAUCUCAUCUGGAUGUCACAUCCAAUUGUGUCACUGGGGAUACUUCAGUUAGCCACAACCUCAAUGCAGAUGUGAGGUUUUUCUGCUUCACCACGUGCAGAAAAUUCCAGGAGAAACAAGCUUGUGUGCUGGCACACCACCAACAUGAAAUCUUCUGAUAAACCAGAAUCUUUCUUACAUAUAUGAACAUGUCGCAAUGAAUUCAGAGGAAUCUCAUGAGCAACUGGUGCUCUGAAAUCCACCAGUAAGCACAGUUUUGUGCUUCCUUAUGACUGCUGCUGAUUCAGUAGUAUCGGGCAAGUAGGUGCCACACAGAAUGAGUGGUAGGGAUGACAAAUAUUGAAGUGAUUUGUUCUGUGUGGACAGAUUUCUUUGAUGGUCUAUGAAGAUUCCAUGAGGUUGUAUCAAUUUGCAUUUCAUUCUGGAUUUACAUUACGCCUUGCCUGACACUACUGUUACUGUUUAACUGGACUGAUGCAAAACAAAUUUUCUGAGGGUACAAAUUUUAAGGGAAAUGCUCCAAAAUGUCUUUUACUGGAUUGUAAAUAAUUAUGUAAUUUUUAAGAUUAUAAUGAAGCUCUAAUUGGUUGCUGAA